AUGAUCCCCACGGCCGAUCCGAGCUUCUCUUCCGACUCCUGGGCUCUCCCCCCGUCGACCCUGCACAUGCUGUCCCUGUCGCCCAGAGACAUGGAGAAGAUGCCUUCCAACAACAACAACCCCCCUCUCACCUCCCCCAACGCCAUCCCCCCUCGCACCUCUAGCACCGGCGUCCCGACCUCGCUCAACUCGACUCCCACCAAAUCCGUCCUCCGCCCCGUCGCAGAAGGAGACUGGCUCAGCCAGAAGCAGCGCUCCCCAAGAUCGACCGUCCCGAACCCAGGCUUUGGCGUCAUGAUGCAGGCUCCGAACCCACCUCCUGACCCCGAGCGCUACGCCUACGAGGACCUCAACUUUACGGCCAAGCGAUCCUGGACCGACGACAAGGAACAGGUUGUCCGCGGUCCUUACGACUAUGUCAUCAGCCACCCGGGCAAGGACUUUAGAGCACAGCUCAUCAACGCCUUCAACGCCUGGCUAGACGUGCCCCAGGAGAGCCUCGAGGUCAUCACGCGCGUCGUGGGCAUGCUCCACGAGUCGUCGCUGCUCAUCGACGACGUCCAGGACUCGUCGGAGCUGCGCCGCGGGUUCCCCGUGGCGCACAACAUCUUUGGCGUCGCGCAGACCAUCAACUCGGCAAACUACAUCUACUUUGUCGCCCUGCAGGAGCUGCACCGCCUCAACAACCCGGACCUCAUCACCGUCUUUUCCGAGGAGCUCGUAAACCUCCACCGGGGGCAGGGCAUGGACCUGUUCUGGCGCGACACCCUCACCUGCCCCACUGAGGAGGACUACCUCGAGAUGGUGGGCAACAAGACGGGCGGUCUAUUUCGCCUUGGUAUCAAGCUCAUGGCCGCCGAGUCGUCGGUACCUACUGAUUGUGUGCCCCUCGUCAACCUCAUCGGACUCAUCUUCCAGAUCCGCGACGACUACAUGAACCUGUCGUCCAAGGAGUACAGCCACAACAAGGGCAUGUGCGAGGAUCUCACCGAGGGAAAGUUUUCCUUCCCAGUUAUCCACAGCAUCCGCUCCAACCCGACAAACCUCCAGCUCGUCAACAUCCUCAAGCAAAAGACGUCGGAUAUCCAGGUCAAGCGCUACGCUGUCGCUUACAUGGAGUCCACCGGCAGCUUCGAGUACACCCGUAAUGUUGUUGGAAUUCUCAUCGAGCGCGCCCGCAAGAUGACCGAGGAAAUUGACCAGGGCCGUGGGUACACAAAGGGCAUCCAAAAGAUCCUGGACAAGAUGGUCAUCCCCUAG